GUGGGUGGGAGAGGAGAAAAGGGGAGGGCUGGUACUCUCUGAGCGUGCCCAGGCUCCACUGCCUGACGGGAUCACCUUCCGCUCCCAAAUAGCCAGUCCCUAUUCGCCGUGACUCAUGCUUAUUGUGCCAGCAAGGGCGCACUCGGCCCUGCAGCCCCACAGGUGGUGGUAGCUGGGUGAGAAGGUUCCAGCCAGGGUAGGCAGUGGAGCGCCGCGCAACGAGCUUUCCUGCCUCCCAGCUGCGGCCCCAACAGUUCCGACCCAGCGCCAGCAGGCCUGCUCGGUCGAUCUUCGAGCUGAAGAUGCGGCGGGGCUGGAAGAUGGCUCUGUCCGCGGCGCUGCGGUGCUGCCGCCGGGUACUUUCUUGGGUGCCAGUGCUUGUUAUCGUCCUCGUCGUGCUCUGGUCUUAUUAUGCCUACGUCUUUGAACUCUGCCUGGUCACUGUUUUGAGCUCAGCAGAAAAAGUUAUCUACCUCAUAUUCUACCAUGCCAUCUUUGUGUUCUUUACCUGGACCUACUGGAAGUCUAUUUUUACACUCCCACAACAGCCAAAUCAAAAGUUCCACUUAUCCUAUACAGACAAGGAGCGCUAUGAAAAUGAAGAGAGACCUGAGGUCCAAAAGCAGAUGCUUGUUGAUAUUGCCAAGAAGCUUCCAGUUUACACAAGAACCGGGAGUGGAGCUGUAAGAUUCUGUGACCGGUGCCAUUUGAUCAAGCCAGAUCGCUGCCACCACUGCUCUGUCUGUGCUAUGUGUGUAUUAAAAAUGGACCAUCACUGCCCUUGGGUUAAUAAUUGCAUUGGAUUUUCCAACUAUAAAUUCUUCCUUCAGUUCUUAGCUUAUUCUGUUCUCUACUGCCUGUACAUUGCUACAACGGUCUUCAGCUAUUUCAUCAAAUACUGGAGAGGGGAAUUGCCAAGUGUUCGCUCUAAGUUCCAUGUCCUUUUUCUCCUCUUUGUGGCCUGCAUGUUUUUUGUCAGCCUUGUGAUUCUCUUUGGUUACCAUUGUUGGCUUGUCAGCAGAAAUAAAACCACCUUAGAGGCCUUCUGUACUCCAGUGUUUACAAGUGGCCCAAAGAAAAAUGGGUUCAACCUUGGCUUCAUCAAAAAUAUCCAGCAGGUUUUCGGAGACAAUAAGAAGUUCUGGUUAAUACCUAUUGGGUCCAGCCCUGGUGAUGGACACUCCUUCCCUAUGAGGUCUAUGAAUGAGUCACAGAAUCCACUGCUAGCAAAUGAAGAGGCCUGGGAAGACAAUGAUGAUCACAACCGAGAUUAUCCAGAAGGUUCAUCAUCUCUUGCAGUGGAAACAGAAACGUAGCAGUUUUCACAUUUCCUGCAUCUCUAAGACAGGAUCAUCUAUCUCCUAUGAAGUUUACAGAGUUCAAUGUUGGGACCCAUCCUAAUCUUCAAAAUAAGUCACCAUGGAGGAUUGAAAGCUUCACUACAUGAAAGCAUUUUGUCAAAUACUUGCUGUGAAAAUAGGUGUUUUGGAACUUUACAAGUCAUUUAAUUUACUGACUGAAUUCAUCAAUCUGGUAGCAGUUAAUACCAUCCAGUCUUCUUCUCUCCACCCCUACCCCACCUCAAUCUGUGAAAGCCUAAAUGCAUAUAAAUCUUUCUAGAGGCUAUUUUCAUUCUUCUUACGUGGCAAAGAAGAAUUCAAAAGACUUUCUCGGUGUCUUUAACUCCCCUGGAAAGUCUAUUAAUCAUAUCUAUAGUGUCUUUGUGGAACUGAGGGGAAUCAGACUGCAGACUACAUUUGCUGCUUGUAUGCAUGUGCAUUGACAAGCAUGCACAUAUGUAGUACAUUUACACAAAAUUCUGCUAUGGUAUUGUGAAAAUCAAGUUUAAAAACUCCGUGGUGUUUAUUCAAUAUUUUUUUAAAUAGCAAUUUAAAUAUAUGCUGAACUGUGAACAUCAUCCCUAUAUCAGGUCCCUAAAACUCCCCAAGAGAGAUUUGACACACUGCGAUCAGGGUCCUCAAAUUGGGAACUGAACAGCAAUGUAAAUGUAAAACCUGAUGUCUGUCAUAGAUGUGUGGUAUUCCUGAAAGUACCACAGCUAGUUGGGAAGAUCAGAUCAAAUCAGAUUUCUAGUUUAUUAAAUAUAACAAUUAGUGUUUUAUAUACACUUGUAAUACCAGCCUGUGGUAAAAUUCUCUAAUUACUUUUAUUCUUUUUUUCUGCUACCUAGCUUUAUUUUAGCUUUUAUGAGUUAUUGUUAUGGUGAAGAAAAACUAUAAGCAUAGGUUAUGGGCCAUUGAUUUUGUUAAGGAGGUUAAUGGUAAUUUUGGGGUUUAAUUACAAUACUAUUAUUCAUCAGGAUAAAAUUUUACAAUUGAAAUUGGCCUAAGGGUUAGCAUUAAAGAUCUGUGUUUUCACAGCAAGCUUUAGUGUACAGAUAGUGAUAAUCUAAUAGUAAUAUGACAAUCCUUUGUUUUUCUUUGUUUCUUGUUUUUUUAGUUUCAGUGAUAUCUCAGCCAUGAGAUAGUUUACAUUCAUUUCCCCAUUAAUUUAUAAUCAUCCAUUCUUUUAGUACCAGUACCUAAAUUAAUGAGUAUGGACACUAAUACUGCUUCUUUAUAAUAAUACCUAACAGUAUUAAUGAUGUUUGUUUCCCAGUCAGUGCUCUAGUGCCCAGCUCUUGACCAUAGAAAUCCCAGCUCUUCCAGAGAUCAAUCAGUGUUACAGGCAUCUUCCAAAUAUCAAGGAGUUGAGCUCCUGGAGGAAUAUUAGGUUUACUAAAUUAUUUUCCCUCAAACCUUACUGAGUAGAAAGAGUUGCCUGCCACAAUCAACUCAGUGUUCAGGCUCCAGUGGAGCUGAGAAAGUGAGCAACCCAACUAUUUAAAGCAACAAAAGACUUGUUUAUUUGGAUUCUCUAGGUAAUUUUAGUCAAGAUAAGAUUUUUAUUAUAAGUUAAAUUGAUCGUGGCCAGCAUAUCACUUGAGGGAAUAGUAGACAUGACUAAAUAUAUCAGGGCCAGGGGCUGUUUCUCAAACUCAGAUGCUAAGAAGCAGCCUAGAAGACUAUGCAUACUGGAUUUCCCAAUGAAAUUCUGUAUAUUCAGAUGGGAAUAGUUUUCCCCUUCCUCUCUCCCUCCAAGACACUCCUUUGUUUAGGUUUCUCUUGAAAGCUUAUUUGGCCAUCCACAUGGCCUUAUGAUGGACAAGACUUGCCUUCUAUUUGUAUACAAAUGUACCUUUAAAGGUAGGCCUAUUACUUCAUAGCCAGUGGGCCUCAAAGAAAGCCUUUCUCUUUUCCAUGUGUCAUCUUCUGCCAAGGGUUUAGGCAGAGUAGCUGUUAACUAUAAUUCAAAGCCAGAAAGGAAGCAAGAUCUUCUUUGAUGCAUAGAGUCUAUUAGCACUCAUAGAAAUCAGGUCAUAAAGCUCAGGAAAGGUAAAAUGCAAAGCCGACAGAUUUACAGUCUUCAAAAGGCCAAAUAAAUCAGUGUUUUUACUGGGGGCUUAGUGAAAUAAAGAAACCUUAUUCCUGUCUCAGCACCUUGAUCUCAGUAGUUUAUACACUGAUAAUAUCCAUAGAUUGAGUAUUGACUACAUACAUAAGCAUUCCUCCAAUUGGUUCAUUAUUGAAACAACAGAGAGAUUUGUUUAAUUAGCAUAUCCUUUGCCUGCUUUGGCUCCUUUGCCUGCUCUUCCUUGCAGCCCUGUCCAAUAACCUCUGUGGGAUCUCAUUCCCCAAUAUUUGGUGCCCAUUCUUCCCCAUUUGCAACAUGAGAACACUCAUUAGGAUCCCACAGCUAAAAGGUGCUAUGUAAUCUUUAGUGCUCUUAUAUGUAUUAUUGCAGGAUUAGAAUGAAGAGUUUAACCAUAACAGUAUUUCUAUGUAAACCAGCACUCUCCAUUCUUCCAUGUUCUCAUUGCUGAUUUGUUCUUUCAGAGAUUAGGGUACUUUAUUAAUGUUUUCCAUUAAUUCCAACAAUGUUCUUAGAAAUAGACAGAGUAGAAAUUAUUUCCGUAUGGUACAGGUAGAAAAAUUAAGGCCAAAUAAAUGAAAUGCCCUCCAGAGGCACCUAGCUGUCUGGAACAAAACAAUUUCCAGUGUACUGUUAGAGCGACUUGGCUUCUUAGUACUGCAAUUACCAUGCAGCAGCUUAGAACAGUGAGAGAAAUUAGGCCAAGAUCACAUUUCAGAAGAGUCCUACUUUGUCUAUAAUCUGAAAGCAUGCAUUUUAUGCAACUCUUUUUCUCUAUGUGACAUAAAUGUAAUAUGUGCCUCUUUACCCCACUGGCCCCAUGUGACACAUACAUUUCAUACUACAUGGCAUCAGCCAGUCAUUAUCUCCUCUGGAAACCCAUAGAGCCAAAUCUCAGGGCUGACUUUGUCAGUGAAAUUAAUGUGCUUCCCCAUGUUUAUGCCAAAUUGCACAAAAUGUAGACAUUGCAGUAAAUGGAGACUUAAGCACAACCCUAGCAGGUAUGUUUUAAGAAUAUUGAAUGCACAUAUUGUAAAGUGCACCUGAAAUUUAACAUGACCCAAAUUCACAGUAAUGGAACAGUAAUGCAGAGCCAAUCCCUUUCCCUUCUCAUCACACUAUCUCCAAAAUGGGCUGCCUGGUGAUGAGAAGCAGAUACUUUAAAGGAAUAAUUCUCUGUCCUCUCCUAGAAAAACGUCCAACAGUCACUGCAAGUGAAAAACAUUCCAUUUAUACAUUCUAGAACCUCUGCUUCCAUAGUAGCUAAACUACUCAUUUGGUUCAAAAGACAUGUUCUGUGUUUCUUUCAGCCAUAGAAAGCAAAUAAUAAGAUUGUUCAACUCUUCUGAAGUCCCAUGUUAGUAGAAAAUUGAUAAAUUCCAUCCAAUCAGUAGAAAAUGUUUUAUUGAGUAUGGUACAUCUACAUUUCUUUAACUAUAGCUGUAAUGUGCCAUAUUAAAUUGUAAUUUUUUGCAUGCAGGUGUUAUGUAAUAUAAUAAUGAAUGGGUGGCUCCUAAUAGCAUGCAACCCAUGAAUGUUUACUACCCCAAAACAAAUAAGGUUGUGUCCCACACAGUGUUCAAAAGUAUUACAUGUGUUCUUUGUACAAGCCUGGUAUAUGGCCAUCAGCACAAUGAGUUAAAACAGGCAAUGAAUGUUGUAUAUCAGGAAAUACAUUCUAAGUAGGGACUGGUGUUAAAGAAGAGGAAAAUAACAAUAAGAUGCAGUCAAGGAAUAAUUGCUGUCACUCUGCUGGCUAAAUCAGCAAAGAGACACAGCAGAAAAACCAAUACUGGGUCUUGGUAAUAUAUGAAAUGUAUUGGAGAUCCGGAGAAAGAAAGGCCCUGGGGACCUGAGCAAGUAAGCUCAAGUUGCCAAUUUGCUACAAGUCCUUUUUCCCUCCAGUCUGCUCAGAGUAAUUAUAUAUGGUAUUCUUAAAACCCUGUGUCUUGCUAGAGAAAUACCCACAAAUACUAAUCAGCCUUAUCUUCCUAUGUUCUUUAUUAAAAGUAUAUGCAUAAAAUUGUUGUUUCUUUUAUGUAUUGUGCUUUUGUUAAAUAAUGUUGGCAAAGCCUAAUAUUUCAGACCACUUUGAUAGAAGUUUCUAUACAUUUUAUUUCAUGAGGUUAUAGCAGAUUUUAUUAACUCCCAGGUUGAUUGUUAUGUUUGGUAUGUAGACUCCUCUAUAACUUCUCAUUUUCCAAGCACAUCUCCCAUCCCAUGCUCAGUAUUUCUCUUAUGAUCCAACAUGGAUAUAACUUGGGAAAUUAGCAGCAAUGGAUUUUAGACAGAAAACUGACUAGUCUAAUGGCACUGGAUUAUGUUAAGUCUCUGCUCAGCCUCACACAUCUUUUGCUGUUACCUCUGUUACUGUUAUAAGUAAAAAGAAAAAGAAAGAACUCAUGUACCUACGCAUGAUAUGAACUCGGUUCAGUUUUUUAAUACAAUUAAGACUAUGUUUAUUGCUCUCCAGAUGCAUAUCACCUGAAAAAAUAAUACAAUGAUUCUGAGAAAAGACCACACAGGUCCACUUUCUCUUAAAUUACACAUUACAGUUAGAGAAAUAUGUGAAGAGACCCUCAUUAAAUAAGCCCCAAAUAAAGUUCUCCUCAAUAGAUGUACCAUUUGCAUAAAAAUUCCUUAUCAGAAAGCAUAAAGAAUAUCCCCCUCAAUUAGCCAACAAGAAGGCAGAAAGCAUUGAAAAAUGCACAGCAUUAAAAGCUGAAUUUGGAAGUUGUUGACUGGAAUAAAUAAUAAUGGAGAACUUGAAUCAAUGUCAGAGAAGCCAACCCACAGAAGUCAGGCUUAACACAAAACCAGAAAGAAGUCCUUUAUUGCAGUUAAGCUCAUUUUAAAAAAGUACUUUGUCCUAGGUGAAUACCUCAAACAUCUCUGCUGAAAUCCCAUUUCAUUUAUUGCAAUACAUCACCCACAAACAGUUUGAAUUUAUAUUACAAACACAAUGUAAAAAAUUCAAAUUUUUUACAAAGGACAACUAUUUUUUCCUAGAUAAAAAAAAGGCAUAAAUGAAGCAACAUGUACAUAAGAAUCUUAUUUGAGUAGACAUUCCUAAGGAAAUUCAAGAUAUUGAUGUUUAAAAGGAAACUAUACAUAUAAAGAUAUACAUACAAUGAUUUCUACAGGAAUGUGUGAACAUAUUGACAUGCAUUUCUAUAUUUUAUAAGCAAAAAAUUUAAAUUAAUUUUCUCACCAUAUACAAGGACAUUGAAAAACUAGUCAGUUUCUCUUUGAAUAUUAAAAUACUCUCACAGAGUAGCAUAAUGUUUCAAUGUUUAGACAGACUUCUAACUCUGCAGAGGAGGAAAAUAUAUGAUAGUUAAAAACACAUUUUAAGCAAACUUUUAAAUAAGUAUUUGAAUAUGUUUAUGAUUUUGAAAGAUUUUUCUCAUAAACCUUAAUGGAAAUAUUCAAAAUAAUUCUGCAAAUUGGCACAGUAUCAGACCCAGGUCCUGACAAUGUUAGUAAACUCCAAAAUAAAUCUGGCUGUUGCACUUCAGUGCCAUUUGCAACAAUAUGGAUAGACCCAGAAGCUGUGCUAUGCAAAUAAGUCAGAGAAAGACAUAAUUCAACUUAUUUGUGAAGUUAAAAAAAUCAAAACACAUUAACAAAACAAAACAAACUACUGAAACAAAGAAAGUGAUGUUUGCCAGGCAGAAAGAGGUAGAUGAAAAGGGUAGUGGGGGAUACAGUCAAUAGUAGUGUGAUAACUUGGCAUAGUGACACAUGGUUACUAGACUCAGUGUGGUAAUCACAUAAGAUAUAGAGAUGUUGAAUCACUGUGUCAUACACCUGUAACAAGUACAAUAUUUUAUGUCAACUAUACUUAAAUAAAUAAGCAAAUCUACAAAAAAAGAAUUUCAAUAAAAACAAAAUACAAUCACUAUAGAAAGCAAAAGUUUUGUUGUUCCGGGAGCCACCAUAACCACCCUGUACAUAUGUGCACUAACGGGAAACAGUGCCCUUAUUUAACACAUGUGUCCUGGUAUAUAUGACUUUUAUAGCUUUUUUGUAAGUUAUUUAAAGUGCCAUAAAAACUAGUUUUGGGAUAAAUAUAGCAGUUUGAUUUUGUAGGGUGCCCCUGCCUGAGAUUUUGGUGACUCUUGAGACUAAUACUUUGGGGUAUUAUUGUAAAAAUGUCCAUCUGUGUUUGACAGGGCAGCAAGGACAUUCCAAGAACACCGUAGAGACCCCAAGAUCUCUUCCCAGUCCUGGGCAUUACUUGUUGUAAGGGACCCUGGGCCAAGAGGCUGCAGUAUGUCCCCUGAACACACUGUGGCUAUAACCUUUGACCUGAGAAAACUCAAAGAACUCCAGUGAGCACACUGGCUGCUCCCUGGUGCAUCUGGAAGUCCCAGGAGGGAGCUUGGGCAGAUCACCCCAGACCCCCCCAGGGCCUGUAUUGUCUCAUGUCCAGUCCUGUUCAAUGACUACAUGAUUAUAACAGCUGAAUAAGACUCUGUAUAUGGAGGGGAAAGUUUUAUUCUUAGAACAUUAAAGAAUGCAGAUUACUAAUUAGUCAAAAAUUGUAAUUACAUUAUACUUAUCAAUCCACUGUCAUACCAUUCAUAAAUUACCUUGGACAGUUAGAAAAUACUUAUUAAUGUGGUUCUGCAGGGCCCAAUCAAAUGCAAAUCUGAAGUUGUUUCUGAAUCACAAGAAUCUGUGUGCCAGGGAUACUGGGUGUUGAGACUUGAAAGUUCUGUGAGAUGUAAAAUAUCAAGGGGCGAUAGAGGGGGUCAUAAGCCAAGAUGAGAUAGAAAACAUUGACAUUUUAACCCCCUUCCCACUUGGUUAUAAUUUACCCUAAAAUUUGAAGCUUUCUAUUUUCAAUCUAUUAAAAUUGUAAUGCUGUUGAGGGUAAAAUUAAUUUAACUCUUCUAUGUCUUUUUAGUUGACUGAUCUAGAGACAACUUCAGAUUUGCAUUUCUACAGCUGCCUCUGUUUAAUUAUCU